AUGUUAUUAGUUUUCUUGAUUCCAUGUGUUCUCUGUGUAUAGAAGAAUUUAGAAAAGGUGUGGAUUGAUACAGGUAUUCCAUAUAUGUACAUCCUAGAUUCUGGAGAUGCUUAGGCAUUGGCAAUUCUAUAUGCAGCCUUCAACUUCAAUGUAUUAGGAAUUUCAACUAUUUAUGGAAAGACAUCGUAAUUUAUUUAAUGAAUUAGAGCUGAAAAAGCAGGAGAAAAUGCUCUCAAGUUAACUACGAAUAUCUAAAUGCCUUAUCAUAUUCCAGUCAUACAAGGAUUAGAUCUUCCAUACAAUAAUCAUUCAUGUGUGAAUUCACAUGGUGAGGGAAUGUACCAAGCCAAUAUAUUUCCUGACCACCAAAUCCCUAUAUUUAGUCAAGAUUUAACCAAGGAACUUAAUAUUUAAAUUGAAUAUCGAAGCAAGAAUUCAACUGUAUAGAUAAUAAUAUAAAUCUUAGUUUACACUUCUCUUGUUAGGAGCAGCUACCAAUUUUGCAAAAUUGCUUUAGAGAUUUCCUGAAAGAAUAAAGUCAAUAGGAAGAGUCAUAAUUGUUGGUGGAGACACAGAUGGAUGUGAUCCAAAUUACAAUUGUGAUCCAGAAGCUCUACAAAUCUUCCUGGAAAUCCUUUAAGCCAACAACAUACAAAUCACAUUCAUCCCUAAAGCAGAAUAAGAGAUUCCACAAAAAUAUCUAGAUGCUUUAAGAUCAUUUGAUAAGAAAUUAAGCAAUUGGGCUCUUGGCAUGAUAGAGUAAAGUACCUUCUCUUUGCAUAAGUGUAAUUCAUCAAAUCAUAUGUUUUAGUAUUGGGAGUCUAUCUCCUUUCUAAUAGGGAUUAAUUAAAAAUUGAGAAAUACGGAGUGGAAAUAGAAGAGAAUAGUAAUUGCAAGGGAUAUGUUAAUUUCUUUGAAACUUCAUUGCCUAAUAAGGUAGAAGUAGUGACAUAAAUUACAUUGGAUAAAUUUUUCAAUAACUUAGUUUAAAUCAUAGCCAAAGCAGCAAGAGGAGCUUUGAUGAAAGAUGAAUGAGUUUAAUGUUUAAGUGAGGUC